AUGAUGCUUCGAAGUGCUGCAACCAAGCUAAGCCGCCAAGUCGGCUACAGCAAGUUCGCCAAGAACCAUGCUUUGAUUCGGACUGCUACGAUUUCCACAGUAGCUCCGAAAGCCACCACGGCAUCCUUCAGUCGGUCGUCGGCGCUUGUUGCCGUGGCUGCUGCUUCCCUACUACUGACGAUCAGCAAUAACGACAACAAGACACGUAUGCACUGUCAAGUGCCUUGUGGAAUCUUUGAUGACCCGGGCAUGGUGAGUGAAGUAAAGCAAGCAGCCACGACCGUUCGCAAGGCCAUGGUCCAAAGCAAUACGCUUUACCAGAACGAGAAUAAAGGAUCCCUUGCCAUGAUUGAUUUGAAUCAAGUGGUGCGUUGGAUUGCCACUAAAGAAGAACACUGCAACAAGAUUAUCCACCUUAUGGGAGACUACUGCCUCUGUCAACGCGUCAAGAGGGCAUCCUUCGCAUCCGAGGCGGAUUACUUUCAAGCACUAGAGAUCCAUCACAAAGUGAUGCAAGCUGCCAUGCGAGCCAAACAAACCAUGGAUGUCAAAGCCUGCGAUGAGCUGGAUCAUGCUCUCGAGCAUCUCUCCAAAAUGUACAGUUAA